AUGUUCCCCUGCGGUCUGAGCUGCCUGUCUGCGCUGGGGGCGGCUGGCACCGCUCUCUUGUGCGCCGGCCUCCUGCUCAGCCUGGCCCAGCACCUCUGGACCCUCCGCUGGAUGCUGAGCCGGGACCGGGCCUCCACCCUGCCCCUGCCCAAGGGCUCUAUGGGCUGGCCCUUCUUCGGCGAGACGCUGCACUGGUUAGUUCAGGGCUCGCGCUUCCACAGCUCCCGCCGGGAGCGCUACGGGACAGUGUUCAAGACACACCUGCUGGGCAGGCCGGUGAUCCGCGUGAGCGGCGCCGAGAAUGUGCGCACAAUACUGCUGGGCGAACACCGCAUUGUGCGCAGCCAGUGGCCGCAGAGCGCGCACAUCCUACUGGGCUCGCACACACUGCUCGGCGCGGUUGGCGAGCCACACAGGCAGCGGCGCAAGGAGGCCGGACAGUGGCCAGGGCUCACCGCUCGCGCUCCCUACAGGUUUGUGCGCUCCUGGUGCGCAGCCCGCCGGCCCGUGGCGGUCUACGAUGCUGCCAAAGCCCUAACCUUCCGCAUGGCCGCGCGCAUCCUCUUGGGGCUGCGGCUGGACGAGGCGCAAUGCGCGGAGCUGUCCCGAACCUUCGAGCAGUUUGUGGAGAACCUCUUCUCACUGCCCUUGGACGUGCCCUUCAGCGGCCUGCGCAAGGGCAUCCGGGCAAGGGACCAGCUCCAUCGGCACCUGGAGGAGGCCAUUGCAGAGAAGCUCCAUGAAGACAUGGCUGGGGAGCCAGGUGAUGCCCUGGCCAUGAUUAUCCACAGCACUAGGGAGCUGGGCCAUGAGCUCUCAGUGCAGGAGCUGAAGGAGUCGGCUGUGGAGCUCCUCUUCGCCGCCUUCUUCACCACCGCCAGCGCCAGCACAUCCCUGGUCCUGCUGUUGCUGCAGCACCCGGCGGCCAUGGCCAAGCUCCGGCAGGAGCUGGAGGCCCAGGGGCUGGGGCGGGGCUACCAGAUCCCCAAGGGCUGGAGCGUGAUGUAUAGCAUCCGGGACACGCACGAGACGGCCGCGGUGUACCGCAGCCCGCCCGAGGGGUUUGAUCCCGAGCGCUUCGGUGCCUCGGGGGAGGAGCUGGCGCAGGCGGUGCUCCAGCUGCUCGCGGUGGAGCUGGUGCGCACGGCGCGCUGGGAGCUGGCCACGCCUGCCUUCCCCGCCAUGCAGACCGUGCCCAUCGUGCACCCGGUGGACGGGCUGCGCCUCUUUUUCCACCCGCUCGCGCAUUCGGCAGCGCGAGAUGGGCUCUGCCUCUGAUCUGCUGCGCUGUGGGACGUGGUCAGGGGCUUGGCGACACCCAUCUGCACUUCCCCGGUGCCAGGUCGUGCGCCCUUUAUACUCGUUCAACAAACGGCCACCGAAUGAGGCUCUGUGCGGGCCUCUGAGGGAGGACGAGCGCGAGCCACCGUCACAGCC